GAUCUGGGCCAGCGUUCCCAGCUCCCGGCGUCACACCCUCUCCCAGCUGUUGCUGGCGGAGCAUCGUGCUGCCAAGAAAACCCCGGUGAUGGAUGCUGCCGCGACUCCUUCCCCCUCCCCGCUCCCUUAAAACCGGCGGGGAGCAGCACCGGGCCCUGCGCCUGGCCCCGCCGCACCGGGAUGAGACCCUGCUCAGCUCCCGGUGAGCCUUUGGCGCUGGGGCUGGGCUGAGCAGCUCCUCUUCCUCGCGGGGCACGGGGUGGCCCCAGCACCCCAACCUCGUCCUCCCCGGCGCGGAGCGGCAGGUCAGCGUGGCACCGCAUGAGGUAUUUGGGAAGCUCCGUCCCUAGACCCGCGCAGAGGGAGCUGCCUUUUUGACGUGGGACUCUGACCGUCCAGCCGCGCAGGGCCGUCACCCCGGAGAGGAGAGAAGCACACAGAGAAACAUCACCAGCACAGCCACCCACCGACCGAGCUGUAGUUUGUGUACAGACAAUGGCGCUUUCCGAUUUGUCCAAUUACUCGGAUGAUGUCGAUAACUACAGUGACUACACAGACUACACCUACGAGGAGACCGGCAGCGUGUGGGCAGACCCGUCCCACGACCCGAAGGACAUUGCGAGGAUCCUCUCUGUUGUCAUCUACAGUGUGUCCUGUGUGUUGGGCAUCCUGGGGAACGGCCUUGUCAUCGCAAUCAUAACUCUGAAGAUGAAGAAGUCGGUCAAUGCCAUCUGGUUCCUCAACCUGGCCAUUGCCGACUUCCUCUUCAACAUCUUCCUGCCCAUAAACAUUGCUUACACGGCCAUGCGGUACAACUGGAUCUUUGGGACAGUCAUGUGCAAGUUGAAUUCCUUCCUCCUCAUCCUCAACAUGUACACCAGUGUCCUUCUUCUCACCACCAUCAGCUUCGAUCGCUAUGUGUCAGUGGUUUUUCCCGUCUGGUCUCAAAACCAUCGGUCAACCAACCUAGCAUAUUUAGUUUGUCUGAUUAUCUGGACUGUUGGCAUCUUUAUGAGCUGCCCAUCUCUUGUCUUCCGAGACACAGCACAAGCCCGCAACUCUGUGAUUUGUUUUAGCAACUUUUCCCUCUCCAGGAAUAAGUCUUACCAAGCCCUGGCACUAAUGAGGCACCGAACAGUGAACAUCACCAGGUUCCUCGCCGGGUACAUCGUUCCCAUAACCAUCAUCACUUUCUGCUACAUCGCCAUCGUCUUCAACUUGCGUCGAAACCGCCUUGCCAAGUCCAAAAAGCCCUUCAAGAUCAUCAUCACCAUUAUAAUCACCUUCUUCCUUUCCUGGAGUCCCUACCACCUGAUGAACCUCCUGGAAACAGAGCCCGACAUGAUCCCACGCUCCGUGUUUGAGAUCAGCAUCCCCCUAACCACGGCACUCGCUGCCUCCAACAGCUGCAUGAACCCCGUCCUCUACGUCUUCAUGGGCCAGGACUUUAAGAAGUUUAAGGUCACCAUCCUUUCCAGACUGGUGAACGCUCUCAGUGAGGAGACAGGCCAGUCCAACAUCGUUCACAGGAGUUUCUCCAAGAUGUCUUCAAUGACUGAGAAGGAGACAACAGUCCUCUAACUCAACCUGGAUGGCUGUAGGAGGGCCAUAGUCACCUGGUUGCCUAUGCCCACCACUAUGAUGGUGGCCACCCUUGCAGUGGCACCUUGUGUGGGAUGACCAUGGUCCAACUCUGUCCUAUAGCAUAUUCUUUGACUGGUUUUGCUGCCUGGGGGCUGGCAGGUGUUGGAGACCACCUCUCUGUGCACAUGGAGAAGAUACAACCGCCCUUAAUCUUUGCGGUUGCAAAGAUGAUUGCACCAAACUAUUUAAGAAAACAUUUCAGAGCAUUCCUGUCUGAUCUAUGCAUUGCCUGGCCUGGUGAGGGUGUUCCUGCCGUUUCCAGAGACAUCGUUAUAGGGAGACUGGGUGGAGGAUGGGUCUGGGAAGGCAUCUCCACUGCUGGGCUCCCGAGAUGGGUGGCUGGGUGGGCACCCACCAUGGAUGAUACCUGCUAUGACAAAAUUGGUGAUGGUCUUCUUAUGUAUGCCUAUAGCUACUCAUGCUAAAGUCCUAAAGUGUAUUGGUACUAGCGCAAUAUGUUUUUAACAGUGCUGGAAGCACUUUGUACCCAGAGAGGUCCUGGGAAGUGUCUUCAUAAAAGGGGUUUGACUAUCCCAACCUUGAUGAA